AUGUCCCAUAAUCUCGCCCAAUGCCAGAAGCUAGUGCAGAAAGCCGUGGCUGCUGGUGCCAAGGCCCUCUUCCUCCCCGAAGCCUCUGACUACAUUGCUUCAUCUCCAGCAGAAUCGGUCGAACUAUGCCAAGAUGUGUCGAGGAGCCCCUUCGUGCGGGGCCUGCAGAAGGCUGCGCAAGAGAAUUCUUUACCGAUAAACGUUGGGAUCCACGAGCCCACCGAUCCCCCUUCAAAGCGAAUCCGAAACACCCUGAUAUGGAUCGACCACAAAGGCAACAUUGCCCACAGGUACCAGAAGCUCCACCUUUUCGACCUUGACCUUCGUCCGAGCGGCCCCAGGUUGAAGGAGAGUGAUUCGACCGAACCUGGCAAUGAGAUUGUGCCACCACACCCUACGGCCCUUGGUAGAGUCGGAAGUUUGAUAUGCUUCGAUCUGCGAUUCCCGGAACCAGCACUGCGUUUGCGCCGACUGGGCGCCGACGUCUUGCUCUAUCCUUCCGCUUUCACAGUCCCAACAGGAAAGCUCCAUUGGGAGAUUCUACUGAGAAGCCGGGCUAUUGAAACACAAUGCUGGGUCAUUGCUUCAGCACAGUGCGGCAAACACAACGGGAAGCGUGUGAGCUACGGAGAUACCAUCGUCAUCACACCGAAUGGACAGAUUGCAGGACGGUUGGAACAUGUCGAGAACGUCGAAGACGAGAAGGAGCAGACUCGGGAACCCGACAUUCUUACAGUUGACAUUGAUCCCGAGGCAGUCAAGCAAGUGAGACAUAGCAUCCCACUGCAGAGGAGGACUGAUGUGUAUCCUGAGGUAUAG